AUGUAUCGCAGCAAUAAAAGGUCAAAUAAUGAUGGUAGAGCCAGGUCUAUUAUCAAGGUAAUUAUGGCAGCUGCCUUUGGAUUUUGUCUUGGAAUGUCAAUUCCAUCCAUGCGUUCGAAUAAGGCUAGCAUGUCUUCAAGCCGUCGACAUUCCUUUGGUGUAUCUAUAGAAGAAAUAGAAAGAUAUGCUGCUGAUGUAGACAAUGUUCAAGCUAUUACUGACUAUUCUGGAACCCAGCGUAUUGAAGCCCUUGGGUCAAUGAGAUUGCCAAACUUAUAUAUUCCAACAAAUCCUAUUGGAGCCCAAUCUCUGCCCCCGGGAAUUAUUGCACCGCAAUCUGAUUUUCAUUUACGCAGACUAUGGGGUCAACCUAGUGAGGAUCUGAAGAAAAGGCCAAGGUAUUUAGUAACAUUCACGGUCGGUUAUGAUCAGAAAGAUAAUAUUGAUGCUGCAGUCAAAAAGUUUUCUGAUGAUUUUGCAAUUUUGCUAUUUCAUUAUGAUGGACGGACUAGUGAGUGGGAUCACUUUGAGUGGUCAAAGAAUGUCAUCCAUGUUAGUGCAAGGAAACAAACAAAAUGGUGGUAUGCUAAACGGUUUUUGCAUCCUGAUAUUGUUGCAUCAUAUGAAUAUAUUUUUAUUUGGGACGAAGAUCUUGGACUGGAAAAUUUCAAUGCAGACGAAUACAUUGAAUUGGUCAUAAAACAUGGUUUGGAGAUAUCUCAACCUGGUCUUGAGCCCUAUGAUGGAUUGGUAUGGGAGAUGACAAAGAGAACUGAAGACACAGAAGUUCACAAGUCAACAGAAGAGAAGCCAGGCCGUUGUAGUGAUGCACAUUUGCCUCCUUGUGCUGGAUUUGUGGAAAUUAUGGCUCCGGUCUUUUCUCGGAAAGCAUGGCGUUGCGUCUGGUAUAUGAUUCAGAAUGAUUUAGUGCAUGGAUGGGGAUUGGAUUUCAAUCUCAGAAGAUGUGCAGAGCCUGCACAUCAGAAAAUUGGUGUAGUUGAUUCACAAUGGAUUAUUCAUCAAGGAAUUCCUUCCCUUGGGAACCAGGGAGAAACUGACGAGGGAAGAGCUCCAUAUGAUGCGGUCAAAACAAGAUGCAAAAAUGAGUGGGCCGAAUUCCAAGUUCGCCUCACAAAUGCUGAUUUAACAUACCUUAAAGGACUAAAACGUAAUAUGAAGGGUUAA